CCAAUACCAACAGAGAUCUCCCCAACCAUGUCGAGUUUGAGUGACCAGUUGAAGGCUAUCAACGACAAAACGGCGUCGGUGGCACUUGACCGGAAAUCCCGUUCUCAAAUCCAUUCCAGAUCACUUAUUUUUGACUCUAAAGUAGCAGGAACUCAGGACUUUGACUUCCUUCUCCAGCUUGGAUUAGAAGGUUUAGAUGAAUUAUCGGAUAUAGAUAGCAGAUUUUCUAGAUUUAGAGGCUCAUUGUUCUCAGAUACUUCUGUGAAUUUCGAUAGAAAUGUUCAAACCAAAGAUAUGUUGAAUCAGAUCAAUAAGAAUAUCGAUGCAUUCUUGAAUUUAGUGGCUCCAUAUUAUGUAUUAAACCCAUCCCUCAAAGCAUUAGAAUGGUUGGUUAGAAGAUUCCAUAUCAACAUUCAUAAUACUGAACGGUUUAUUUUGACUGCAUUACCCUUCUAUGGUGAUGCCGUGUUUGUUAAAGUAUUGAAUGUUAUUCCAAAGAAUCAGAUCCCCAAUAUCUUCUCGUGGUUACUGGGUUAUAAGGAUUUACUUAAAACUCCUCCUUCUAGUUCUAUUAUGAAGGCAUUCUAUAAUGAUGCACCACUCUUCACUCUUUAUUCAGAGUAUAUAUUGGAACAAUUAAGCAAUGGAACCAUCUUCAAAGAACAGUUAGUAUUCUAUUUAUCAAUUACUGUUCAGUUAUUGGCAUCCUUAUCAAAAAAGAUAGAUGUAUUAAAUGAAACUUAUUUACCAUUAAUCUUACAAGUUAUUGGUAACUUGUUAUUAGCCAAAGAUUCCAAGUAUUCUGCCUCAAUUAGAGAUGAUACAAGAUUAUCAGCUUAUUCAUUGAUUUCAAUCUUAAGUUCCAUAAUGCCAUUAUCAUUAACUUUAAUUCAGUCACUUACUGAACUGAUCUUACAGGAUAUUGCUCAUGCUUGGAGUGUCAAUACUUCAAGACAGACUUUGAUUGUGUUAGGACAAUUAUGGAAUUUCAACCAACAAGAUGGCUAUACUAUUUCCAAUACUACUUUUAGUAAAUUAGCUCCUACCACUUUACUUACUCAUGAAAGUUUGAUUGUUGAAUUGAUUGCUGAUGAUUACAAAUUAGCCAAGUUUCUUUUCUUCUACUUUGCCAAUACUUUCGCCAACCCUGAAUCGUUCAGAUUAUUUAAGUUGAUCCCAGUAGCUCAAGUUGAUUACGCUACAGUUGCUAAGCUUAUUAAUUCCAAUAUAGACAAUGAAGAUAAUAGAAGAAUCAUUAUUAGCAUUAUCGAAGUCGCUGGUAAUGCCUUGACAGAUCUCUAUUCUCCAGAUCAAUUAAGUCAAUUGGAAAUGAAAUUAAUGACUACUUUUGGAAGUAUAGUUGAUAUGGAAUUGGAUGUUGAAGGCAGUGAAGAAGAUAAUGCCGAUGUUGAAAGUGAAACCGACGAGUCAGAUGUCCUUGAAAACCUCGACAGUAUUGAACCAACAUCUGUUUCAUUCAUUCUUUCUCAAAAUGAUGAACAAUUCUUUAAGCUUGUUGGAGUUUUAUUGAAACAUCUUCGUUCAGCUUCUACUAAGGCUCAAAAGUCCAUCAUUGGUUCAUUCACUAAAAGAAUCUUUUCAUCACCAGAUUCUGCUGUAACUUUCUUAGUAAGAAUUGCCCUUACACCUUCUAUCCCUGUAUCAGUGGCUAUUUCUGCUAUAAGAUUCUUAAAGAUAAAGUUAAAGGAAGUAGUAACCCAAUCAUCAUCAAGUCCAUUGGAUUUAUACUUAUUGAUUCCUAUCUUAUUACUUGGAUUGAAUGAUUCUCGUACUCCAAUUAGACAAGCCUUUAUUGCAUUAUUAUCCAUAGUAAGAGAUGUCACUAAAACUAAUCAUCAAGGUAAGAAGAAAGUCAAGAGUACAUUAUUCUUAGAGAGUCAAAUCUAUGAUAAUAUUGAACCAAGUAAAAGAGCCAUUAUCCCCCCUUCAGAUGCAGUAAUCUUAGUGGAUUUAAUUUUUGAAAAUGUCGAAGAUACUAUCCUCACUCCAACUGCAAUUAAUUCAUUACUCUUUCAUCAUCUUUUUAAGAGUACUAAGAAUAAUCUGAAGAAAUUUGGUCAAUUGAUAGUUAAGACAUUCAUCUUGAAUCAAUGGUCAUUAGAAUUCUUAUCUGUUUCCUUUAAAGCCCAUAUUUGGAGUAUUGUUUCUCAAGAGAAUGAAUAUGGAACUGAUGAUAGAUUCUUCUUUCUUGAUACUGAUUUAUCCAACUAUAUUUCUAAGAGAUCAAUGAUUAUUACUCAAUGUAGAGAAGCUAAGAUUGAUUUCUUUUCAGUUGAAAAGUCCAUUGUAGGAUUAGUGGGAGGGAUUAGUUCUUCUGAUAAGAAUUCUGCUAAGGAAGCUGAUUGGAUUAAUCAAUGUUUGGAAAGUGAUAUUGCCAACUUACAAAUAGUUGUCAAUGAUCGAGUUCUUAAGAUAUUCAAAGAUUUCAAAUCGGUUGAUGUGAAGCUUAAGAUCUUUAGUAAAUUACUUGAAUUACUUGUUAAUAACUCCAGUAUUGAAGUAGAUCCAUUAGAAACUUUACAACAUUUAGAUAUCGAUCAUGAUCUUUUCUUAGCUGGUUUAGGACUUGUACAAAUAGGAACUCAAAUUCCUGAACAAGGAUUGGCUAAGAGAAGAAGAAGAUCUUCCAAUAGUACUAGACAAGCCAUGGUUAAAGAUGAUAUUAGUAAUAUAGCAGGAGUUCAUUUAAGAAAAUUAACUAUUGUAUUAGAUAUCUUAGAAAAUAGUUUAAGAAGACAUACAAGAACUAAUGGAUUAGGACAUCCUGAUUUAUUAAAGGCUUUGUUUAAGAUCUUAACUGAUUUAGAUUACUUAGGUAAUGAUGGGAACUUACCAGUGUUGUAUGCUCAAGAAACUUUAGCUAAUUGUAUGUCAUUAGUUAUUCUGACUAUGAAAGCCAGUGAAGAAGAAUUCAAAUUUGAUUCUAAUUCUAUUAGAGCAGAUUUAAUUGUAAACUCUAUUAGAUCAUCCCAAUCUCCUCAAGUUCAAAAUAGAUUAUUAUUAGUCAUUGCCGAAUUAGCAUCUUUAGCUCCAGAAAUUAUUUUACAUUCAGUUAUGCCAAUCUUUACAUUUAUGGGUGCUCAUACUGUUAGACAAGAUGAUGAAUUUUCUAGUUCAGCUUUACAACAAACUAUUGCAAAAGUUAUACCUGCAUUGGCUACUAAUGGUACAUCAUCUAUAACUAAUGAAAUUGAAUUCUUAUUAACUAGUUUUGUUACUGCUUUCCAUCAUAUUCCAAGACAUCGUAGAGUCAAAUUAUUUACGGCCUUAUCUAAAACUUUACAAGUUGAUAAAUCUUUGUAUAUCCUUUUAUUCUUGAUUGGUCAACAAUAUGCCAAUACUUCGAAUAAGAUAAGAAGUACUGAAUGUGUAGAAUUCACAGUAUCAUUCCUUAAGGGAUUCUCAGCCAUUGAACAAUUAAAGGCUUUAAAUCAAUUCACAGACCUUUGGAAAUUAAUUCCUACAACUCCUUUAGAUCCAAGAUCUGAUGAGUAUAAGCAAUUAAGUAUAAGAUCUAUCUAUGGAGCUUCUAUUUUAGCUUUGAAUGAAGAAGGUUUAACUAACUUAUCUGCUGGCUUAUUAAACUUUAUUGAAUCCAUAUUAAAGGAUGAAGUCACUGGCUAUACCACCGCCAGUUUAAGAACUAAGAUUGGUUUAGUAUUGUUAGAUUCUCAAGUUCAAGAUUCAGAAGUCAAUCAAUUAUUGUCUGAAUUCGGUAAAGUCACUUCAUUUAUCAUUAUGAACUUAGAUACUUUCAAUAAUUCGGCAGUGAUAUUAUCCAAAUUAUAUAAAUUACUUUCUACAUUUAUGGAUUUACUUCCUUUGAAUUACUUUAUUGAUUCUAUUAUUGAAUUACUCGAUGUUGAAAAUCUUACUGAUUCUGUUUCUAUCAAAGUGGCCAGAAAUUAUGUUAUCUUGGCUGGUUCUAAAUUUGAAAAUGAAUUGGGUGGUUCUAAUGAUGAUGAAAUCAUUUAUUCAAGUGUUGUGGAUAAGUUAUUACCUGUUUUAGUUAAGGGAAUUAAAGCCAAUGUCGAUGUAGAAUUACAACAAUCAUUCUUGAAUACUUUUGCAAUCAUUGUUGAUAAAUUCGGUCCACAAUUGGCUACUUCAAAGGAUUCGAGUGUUUUGGUCGAUGCUUUAAAAGCUGCCACUUCAGAAAAUUGUUUAUUAUCUUCUGAAGUUGAAGUCAUUAUUUCUUCUAUUGGUGUAAUUGGUAACAUUAUAAACAUUCUUGGCGUAAAAGCUAUUGCUAUGUAUCCAAAGAUUUUACCACCAGCAUUAAAGAUUUGGGAAUCUACUGUUAGUUCUGAUGAUGAAGAAAGUGCUAAAUUACUUCAAACAUCAAUUCUUGUAUUAAUUUCAUGUUUGGUUAGAAAGUUACCAGCAUUUAUUUCCGGUAAUUUAGAAUCAAUGUUGAUUGCUAUUUUAACCAGUGUUUAUGUUGAUGAUGGUUUAAGAUCUACUGUUUUGGAAUUAAUCGUUGGACAUGUUGAUUUAGCCCUUUUAUUAAAAUCAUUAAGUAAUGUUUGGACUAAUAAAGAAUUCUAUACUAAUGAUAAUGCCGGUAAUCUUGGAUUAUUCUUGAAAGCAUUAGAAUUAACCAUUGCUAAGAUUGAAAAGAAAUCUGCCAUUGCUCAAUCCACAGUAUUUAUGAAAUGGUUUAUUCAAGCAUUAGAAUUCAGACAUUAUGUUGAAACACACGAUAAUAAAUUUGAUAAUAAUACAAUUUAUCGUUUAGAAGCCUCAUUCCAUUCUUGUGCUAUUGCCUUUGUUAUGAAGUUGAAUGAUAAAAGUUUCAGGCCAUUAUUUGCUAAUUUGGUUAGAUGGGCUGUAGACGGUGAAGGUGCUAGUAAUGAUUCUAAUAAACUUACCAGAUUAGUUGCGUUCUUUAAGUUCUUUAAUAAAUUACAAGAUCAAUUAAAGGGAAUUGUUACUACUUAUUAUUCUUACUUGACUGAUAUUACUUCAAGUUUACUUGAAGAUUUCUCAAAUAGUAAGAUUCAAGAUAUUAACUUAAGAAGGAUCUUAUUGGUUUCUUUGAACUUAUCAUUUAAAUUUGAUCAAGAUGAUUACUGGUCUCAACAGGGUAGAUUUGAAAGUGUAUGUCUUCCAUUAUUAAGUCAAUUGAGUAAUAUUGAAGAUUCAAUUGGUAAGUAUCUUAUUAAGACAAUCACUUCAUUUGUAUCUAAUGUUGCUUCAGAUGAGUAUAAUGAGACUUUGGUUCAUGGAUUAAUCAAAUAUAUAUCCAAUGAAACUGGUCAAAAUACUUCUUCUACUAAGAUCUGGACUAUUAGAGCCUUAAAAUCUAUCUUCCAAAAGAUGGGUGAUCAAUGGUUAACAUACUUACCUACAUUAAUUCCUUACAUUGCCGAAUUAUUGGAAGAUGAUGAUGAAGCUGUUGAAUUAGAAGUCAGAAACGGGCUUGUCCGAGUCAUUGAAAAUGUGCUUGGAGAACCAUUAGAUAGAUAUUUAGGAUAGUUAAUUAUGGAAUAUAUAGAGACAUCUUAAAAAGUUUAGUUGCAAAAUUAUUUGUGGUUUGCGCACGACA